AGCGCUGAGCGGCGCAAGGAGAUGCGAGAGGGCGCCGCGCCGCCGGCACCAUGCGCCCCCCGCCCGCGCUGGCCCUGGCCGCGCUCUGCCUGCUGGCGCUGCCCGCCGCCGCCGCCGCCGCCUACUUCGGCCUGACCGGGCGGGAGGUCCUGACGCCCUUCCCAGGGCUGGGCACCGCCGCGGCCCCGGCGCAGGGUGGGGCCCACCUGAAGCAGUGUGACCUGCUGAAGCUGUCCCGCCGGCAGAAGCAGCUCUGUCGACGGGAGCCGGGCCUGGCGGAGACGCUGCAGGAGGCCGCGCACCUCAGCCUGCUCGAGUGCCAGUUCCAGUUCCGCCACGAGCGCUGGAACUGCAGCCUGGAGGGGAGGACGGCCCUGCUCAAGAGAGGUUUCAAGGAGACAGCCUUCCUGUAUGCAGUGUCCUCGGCCGCCCUCACGCACACUUUGGCCCGGGCCUGCAGCGCUGGGCGCAUGGAGCGCUGCACCUGCGAUGACUCUCCAGGCCUGGAGAGCCGGCAGGCCUGGCAGUGGGGCGUGUGUGGCGACAACCUCAAGUACAGCACCAAGUUCCUGAGCAACUUCCUGGGGCCCAAGAGAGGAAGCAAGGACCUGCGGGCACGGGCAGAUGCCCACAACACCCACGUGGGCAUCAAGGCCGUGAAGAGUGGCCUCAGGACCACGUGUAAGUGCCACGGUGUGUCCGGCUCCUGCGCCGUGCGCACCUGCUGGAAGCAGCUGUCCCCAUUCCGCGAGAUGGGCCAGGUGCUGAAGCUGCGCUACGACUCAGCUGUCAAGGUGUCCAGUGCCACCAACGAGGCCUUGGGCCGCCUGGAGUUGUGGGCACCCGCCAGGCCGGGCAGCCCCAACAAGGGCCUGGCCCCCCGGCCUGGGGACCUCGUCUACAUGGAGGACUCACCCAGUUUCUGCCGGCCCAGCAAGUACUCGCCAGGCACGGCGGGCAGGGUGUGCUCCCGGGAGGCCAGCUGCAGCAGCCUGUGCUGCGGGCGGGGCUAUGACACCCAGAGCCGCCUGGUGGCCUUCUCCUGCCACUGCCAGGUGCAGUGGUGCUGCUAUGUGGAGUGCCAGCAGUGCGUGCAGGAGGAGCUCGUGUACACCUGCAAGCACUAGCCCUGUUGCCCAGUGUGCCAGCUGGCAGCCAGGACCUCCCGUGGCACCUGGUCACCUCGAAGCCACCCAGCUGUCCAGCCAGCCCCUCCGGGCAGGCACACACAGCAUGCAUGCACUCACCGACAUACGUGCCAGUGCACACCUACUCCUCUCUCCACCAGGCCUCGGUAGCCUUUCCCUCCCUCAACACUCAGCAAAGAGAGGUGCGGGCCCACCCCUGACCCUGAGGAUCCCCAGCCUGGCUGAGGACUUGGAGCAGGAGGGCAGACUGGAAAGGAUGUGGAGGGAAAUAAGGGAGACCAAGAGGAGAGCAGAACUGAGGGUUUGGAGGGGAAAGAGGGGACAUCCCACCAUCUCGAUUCCUGAGAUGAGUGGCCUAGAGGCAGCAAGAUGUUGGGAGGCAAGCUCUGGGCCAAGAAGGUGCAAGGAGGCAGUGUCAACCAGAAACAAAGGACGGAGUCUGGCUGUCAGUCCAGCCCUCAGGCCCUGCUCAGGUCGCAGUGAGCCCUGGGGCUGUAGCUCUUCACUACCCCGUGGCUUGACUGCCAGAGAGGCGGAAGGCUGGGUGGGAGGAGCUGUUGGUUUGGAGAAGGGAAGGCUUGGGCUUGCGAGGACCCGAGUUAGAUAUGCGCCCUGGAGUCCUGUGUCCUUGAUUUGGUUUUUAAAAGAUGCCUGCGUGGAGGCCUCAUUCUGGUCUUGAGAGCUGAGUUAUCGGCACCCACCCAGCCCUGCUCAGUAAGAGCACCUGUGAAGGCCAGAUCAGUAGGGAGAGCCGGUCCCCAGGGUGGGGCGCAGAUCGUGCACCGAGGUUACACAGGGAGACAGUGACCUCUCCCAUUUUCCCUGUGACAUAUAACCUUUAGUCUCAGGCCAGGAGAGGGUGACAGCCCCCUGGUGCCAGGCAGGGACAUGGGGAGCUCAGUUUCUCAGUCUCCCCUUGAGCCCGCUUUGGUCAACUGCUUAUGGCUGGGGUCCACCUGUGUGGCCCCAACACAGCUGACGUUCGUGUACAGGAGGGUUUGCUUAUGGUUCUGAUUCUCAUUACAUUUCUACUCUGAUAGCUGCUCAUCUAAUUAAGGGUUUUUUCCCUGGCUGGAGUUAAAGGCGUGAGAAAGUCUUUGCUAAGCCUGGCUCCUUGGGAGCCCCCUUCAUUUACUAAUGGCCCCCCACUUUGCCUCUUACCUGAGAAUAGAAGUGAUUUUACUAAUUUCCUCUCAUCCUGUGGACAUUUCCAGUUCUACCAACUAAGGCUCAGUGUGGGAGGAAGAGAGAGAAACUGGCACACACACAAAUACACGCACACAUGCAGGUGUGCACACCCCUUAGACCUGCCAGGCUGAGUGUUCCUGUUUAGCAGCACAUACCUCUCUGAUUCAGGACCAAGACCUUGCAGGGGUCACUUUGCUGGAGGCUGCAUGCUUCCCCAGCACAGGGCCCAAUGCCAGGAGGAGGGGACCUCCCUUGGGAAGACUUCGGCUGCUUUGCCAGUCCUGCUGCGUCCUCUGUCAGCUUCCUUUCUCCCUGAACCCAGAGUUGCUGACCCUCUACUGAAACAGGAAACUUCAGAAUUAGCCGAAUGUUCAGAAACUGUCAGUGCAAGUCCCAGAAAGAAGCCCCGGGGCUGCCUGAGACCGCCAAGGGUCUGGAGGAGCUGCCCUGUCUUCAGUGGAUCAGGAUGACCCUGCAAGAUCCUGGAAGGAUCCUUGACCGCAGAGGCUCUGAUGAGAAGCCAGACUGGCCUGAGGCCCCUCACUGGACUGACUUUGCAGGAAGAGCAAAAAGGAGAGAGGGCUGGCUUUCUGGUUUCUCCCACUCCCCCAAUGCGUAGAGACUUUCUCUCUGCCAGCUGAUCCAUCUUGCCCCUCUGAGACCCCAGCUCUGCUUCCACCCCGGCUCAGCCCUAGGCUCUCUGGCAGGAAGAGGGGGCCUGAUCCCAAAACACACCAUCUGCGUCCCAACUCUGUGGGCAGCAGGGCUGGUGUUCGGGAGGAUAAAGGGCAGAAGCUGAGGGACUGCGGCCGUGGCUGGCCACUAACACCAACCAGGCCAAUGGCACGGGCACAGGCUCUGAGGGCCGCUUGGGCUGUGGGGUCCUCCCUGUCCAGCAUCUCCCUCUCUUCUCCUUUCUUGCUCCCACCCCUUUCUCUUCCAGUUGCCCCCAGAGGUUCACCUCAGCCCUGCUGGGGCCCCUAGGGACCAGUGACCACUGAUUCCUCUUUCUACAGCUUUAAGGGAAACACUCACAGGGUAUUUUUUGUCUACCUCACAUAUAUAGUAUUUAGGGCGAAAGAAUAAUUUAUAUAGCUAAGAUAUAUGAGAAAAUAUUUAUGUUAUUUAUAUAGUUUCUAUAUUCCAUGGGCAGCACCUGUGGGGUCUGUGUGUUCUGCUGGAAGCCAUCUGUCUGGGGAGAUACAGCCUGGCCUGACUGGGGUCCCCACUGACCUGGACACCAGGUGACUGGAGAGGAGAUGGCACAGGCUCCUGUGUCCCGUGACCGGGUCUGUCUCAUUGCUGGUGAGCGAGCAUGCCGUCAGCACAUGAGCCCUGGUGGGCUCCAUCUGGCUCCUCCUUGUGGUCUUUGUAAAAUCUCUGCUCUUCCAGGUCCCAGGCUCCUCCUUCUGCUCUGGCAAAACUGUCUUGUUCAUAAUGAUAAUGACAACAAGGAUGACCACACCUUGCAUUUGUAAAGCACUUUCGAUCUUCAGAAACACUUUCGUCCCCUUAAUCUCACUUAAUUUCCCCCACUAUCCCUGUGGGUUCGGUGGGGCCACAUUACUGUGCCCAUUUCACAGAUGUGGCUGAGAGAUGCAGGGCUGUGCUCAAAGUCACACUGGAGAGGUUCGUUCAAUGGAUAUUUCCUGAACUUCUGCGUGGGCCAGGCACCAUGGGAGCUGACUUACUCUGAGCCUGGGAUCCCCAAAGCCUGGACACACCCUGAGCUCAAGAACCCAAGGAAGUGGCUGCUUCCCUGGCUGUGUGUGACCCUGGCCUUUUGGAUCUGGACGGCACAUCAGCAUUUCCCUAUGUGGAGUCCUGGGUCUCAGCGGCUGCAGCUCCCUGAGAGGCCUGGAGAGACGAGGACCCCGUGGAGGGCAUGCCAGAUGCUCCACCAUCGGGCCCACCCUCCUUCUGCCCAUGCUGCCGGAGAGUCAGGCUAAUCACAGGGCCCCUCCCAGCCCACCAAUGGGUUUUGUUUGUUCUCAUUUGUGUUUUUAUUCUAAAAAUGAAUUAUUUUCCAUUGGCUUUCUGGCUUGUCUUGUAAAAUCAGCUGCGCUGGCACACAGAGGCUGCAUUCCCACCGGGCCACAGUCAGCUGGCAAGAGGGAGCCCCAGCAGACGGGAUGCACAGGGCUCCCCCGUUUACCAAGUACCUCCCUCCUCAGCCCAUCGCACUUUGGAUGUUUCUGCCUGGCUCUGGUGGGCACGUCGUGUCUGCCCCCUGGUCCAGAUGAGCUCAGCUUCCCUAGCAUCCUCCACUGCCUGGCAGACAGACCAACAGACAGACUCAUGCCAACCCUGAAGAUUGUUUCUUGCUUUCCAGAGUUUCCUUUCUCAACAACCAGGAACGUCAAAUGCUUUUUGUCUCAACACAUUUUAGAAUUACAAUGGGAGCUAUCAGAUAUCCAGCGCCUGUUAUGUCCACCCAUUCAAUCAUCGAUCAUUUGGGGAGCUCCUGCUGAGCGCCGGGCACCUCUCUGAGUGCUGGGGUGCAGCCGUGAGCAAGACCAAGUCCCCGUCUCGUGGGGCUGACGCCCCGGGGGGGAGAGAGACA